UCUCCGAAUAUACAGGGGACGGUUUCGAAAAGCUCGCUUUCAGACUUCCUUGUCUUGAGUUGCAAAGCUGACACUGACGCAUAACCAGUGCCUCUGCUUCUCCUCUCACCUCCCACCGGCGGAGUUUAGUCUCCUCCAUCACCUCCGCCUCCUCCUCCGACGUCUUCUUCAAUCUCUCUCUCUCCCCUCUCGCUGUCAGAUCGUUUUCCACCUCCGCAUUUUACACAGUCGGCUGCACAAUUUUCUGUGUUAAAUUUUGGACAAGGCUUCUAUAAUUUUGCUAUGCGGGGUCGUCAUGUCGAUGCCUACUCGGCAUACAAGCGUGUGGCGUCCAAGGACCAUAUCAAUGCUUAUGACAGAGAAGAAAGUGCAGUAGGUUUAGUGAAUGGAAAAGGUAUUGGAAACCCUUCAUGGAAGCGCUCCUUGCCGCAUAUGCUUGUGGCAGCUCUUUCUUCGUUCCUAUAUGGCUACCAUCUCGGAGUGGUUAACGAGACACUAGAUAGCAUUUCUUUGGACCUUGGCUUCAGUGGGAAUCCUUUGGCAAAGGGUCUAGUCGUGAGUACAUGUUUAGGUGGUGCUUUUGUUGGAUCUGUAUUUAGUGGUUGGAUUCUAGAUGGAGUGGGGCAUCGAAGGGCAUUCCAGAUGUGUGCAUUGCCGAUGAUAAUCGGUGCAUCAAUGAGUGCAACAACCAAAAGUCUAUGGGGCAUGCUUCUAGGGAGGAUAUUCGUUGGAACUGGGAUGGGAAUUGGCCCACCUGUUGCUGCUAUCUAUGUGUCAGAGAUUUCACCAGCUUUUGUAAGGGGUACUUUUGGGAGCUUCACACAAAUUUCUACGUGUCUUGGACUUAUGGGGUCUCUCUUUAUUGGACUCCCUGCCAAGGAUAUAGUGGGUUGGUGGCGAGUUUGUUUUUGGGUAUCUACUGUUCCUGCUGCUGUGCUAGCUGUUUGCAUGGAGUUCUGUGCAGAGAGUCCUCAGUGGCUUUUCAAGAGAGGAAGAGGUACUGAAGCUGAAGCUGAAUUUGAGAAACUUUUAGGAGCAGCACAUGUUAAAUUUGCAAUGGCAGAACUGUCAAAGUCUGACAGGGGGGAUGAACUAGAGACAGUAAAGUUUUCAGAGCUACUGUAUGGCCGACAUUUCAAAAUGGUUUUCAUUGGGUCUACCAUUUUUGCUUUACAACAGCUGUCAGGCAUAAAUGCUGUGUUCUAUUUCUCUUCAACUGUCUUUAAAAGCUUUGGGGUGCCUUCAGAUCUGGCAAACACAUGUGUUGGAAUUGCAAAUCUAUCGGGGUCAAUUCUUGCAAUGAUCCUGAUGGAUAAGCUUGGAAGAAAGGUACUUCUUCUUGGAAGCUUUUCUGGCAUGGCAGUGGCAAUGGGUCUUCAAGUAACUGGAGCAAGUUCUUAUACGUCGGGAUCUGGAGCAUUGAGUCUAUCUGUUGGCGGCAUGCUGCUGUUUGUGUUGAUGUUUGCUCUUGGAGCCGGUCCAGUGCCUGGUCUCCUCCUUUCAGAAAUUCUUCCUAGCCGUAUUAGGGCAAAAGCAAUGGCAGUUUGCAUGGCCGUGCAUUGGGUGAUAAAUUUCUUUGUUGGUCUGUUGUUUUUACCCUUGCUGGAGCAAAUCGGGCCACAAAUUCUGUAUACAGUCUUUGCUACUUUUUGUUUACUGGCCGUUGUUUUUGUGAAGAGAAAUGUAAUAGAAACAAAAGGAAAGUCCCUCCAAGAAAUUGAAAUUGCACUUAUUCCACCUCAAUGAAGGUUCUUCAAGAAAACUAGAUUACUCUUACACAAAGCUGAAGUCCCUUUACUAAUGAUGGAACUCAUGACUCACUUUUGCCCGUAGCGUAUUAUCAUGCUCAGCUGAGGAAAUAGUGAAGAAUAAGGUAGUAUGGAAACGUCUGCCCGAAUUCCGGUUGAAGUUAUCAUCUUCGUGUUGGCUGGGAAGUUUGGGAACUAAUUACCAGGUGCUCACUCUGAAAGGCCUAUGUAAAUUAUGAGAGCUGUUUUUUUCCUUGAAUAUUUGUGAGCAUUUAAACCUGCAAUACAGUGUAAUAUAUGAAGGACCUGACUUCCCGAACAAUAUAUGUAACACAAGUGUUCCAUCAAAAUUAUGACAUGAUAAAAAAGACUUGAAUUUGGUUA